AUGACAGAUACUACUACUAUUUCUACUUCUACUACCAUACAACAACAAUAUUUAUUAUCAACAAAACAAUUUAAACAAUUUAAUGAAAAUGGUUAUUUAAUAGUAGAUGGAUUAAUUAGUUUAGAACAAAUAGAUAAUGUAUUUAAAGAUAUUAAAGUUAAAUUAGAUCAUCUUGAAUCAAGUCUUUUCAAACAUAAUAAAAUCAAUAGUUGUACAACCAAUACAUCUACAACUUUGGAUGAAAGAAUCAUAAAUAUAGAAAAUCAAUACAAAGGAGCAUCGAUAAUGUUACAUUCAAUGUUUGCUGGUAGAUUGGUUAAAUCGAUUGGUGAUAUUAUGCAGAGUGAAGCAACACUAGAUAUCAUUCAACAAUUAUUGGCAGAUGGUAAUAUAUCUGGACACCCAGAAUGGAAUGUUAGAGUAAAGAUACCAAAUAAUAGAAGUUUUGAAGUUCCUUGGCAUCAAGAUGCUGCCUAUCUUGCAGAGGGUGCAGACGCAUUUGAUCAAAUAACAGUUUGGAUUCCUCUGGUUGAUAUUAACGAUUGUAAUGGACCAGUUGAAUUAAUACCUUGUAAAGAUCCUAAAUUAUUACCUCACAAAUUACAAAAAAUACAUCGCAGUGGAGAUCAACAAUUAAAUGAAUCUUGGUAUCUCGAAAUACCAGAAUCUCAUCUAAAUGUUGACAAUACAACUAUAGUUAAUGCAAGUGGAAUGAAAAGAGGAUCAGCAUUAUUUUUUAACAACAAAAUACCUCAUUCUAGUACAACCAAUAUAAGUAAUAGUGUACGUUGGACUAUAGAUAUUAGAUAUCAAAAGACAACUGAUCCAUCUGGUUUCUAUCCAAUAGAUUCAAUUGAAUCAAAACAAGAAAUUAAAAUGAAACUAAGAUCUGAUCAACAAAGAUCUAUACCUAUAGAUUAUAAUCAUUGGAGUGGUCAUAAUGAUAUUUUAAUGACAUCUUUAAAAAAAAAUGAUAAAAAGGAUAAAGAAGAAGAUAUAUUUAAAUAUAAGUUGAUCAUGGAUCCAUUUGGAGAUCAUGAUGACUUGGGUAUUGGAGGAGCAAGUAAGAGUAAAUUCACAUUUGACUUUGAUGAUGAAGAUAUAUUAGAUGAAAGUCAAACACUGGUCAAUAAUAGAUCUAUUUCACCGACCGAUGAUGAUGAUAACGAUAAUCAUAAUGAUAAUAGAACAAUUGAAAGUCAACUAUUUUCAAGUAAAUUAGAGAAUCAUUGUUUACAACAACAAUUGGUUGAACUGACAAAACUAUUGGAUCAAGAAAGAAAAAGAACCAAUGGAUUAAAACAAACCAAUCAAGAUGAUGAUGAUUCUGAUCAUUCUUCUUCUACUGAUUCUGAUGAUGAUGAAAAAGAAUUUGAAGAAAUCAUUGAUAGAUUAGUAACAAAAAGAGAACAACAACAACAACAAGAUCAAGAGUCAAUGGUUUUAAAGGAAAAACAAGAAUAUAAACCAAUGGUUGUUUUAAAUGAUGAUAAAAGAAAAGAGAUUGAAGAAGAUUUGACAAGAGCAAUUGAUAGUUUGAAAAAAAUUGCAACUUAUUCAAAAGAUGCUCUCAAACAAACUAGAAAUUAUCGUGAUUAUAUAUCUGUGGUACGUGGUAAUCGUUCAGCAUCGAUGGAAAAGAAGGAGAAAAAUAGACUUGCUCUUAUCAAUGAGAUUAAAAGUACUGGUAUUCGUUCACUCAGAAAAUCAAAAUCAACAUUUGCAAAAGAAUAUACUAAAAAGGUUGCUUCCUUUUUCAAAUAUGAUAUUCCUUCUAUUACUUCUUCAUCUCAACUUGAUGAAAAAGAAAAGGAAACUAUAAAUGAAAUACAAGAGGAAGAAGAAGAAAAGUUACCAGAACCAUCAAUUGAAGAAAUAGUUGAUGAACCCUCAACCAAGAAAAAUGAUGGAGAAGGUUCUAGAUUUCAAUGUCAUAUGUGUAGAAAAAAAUAUGGAGAGAUUCAUUUCUUUUAUGAAUUGUUGUGUUGGAAAUGUGCCAAUUUCAACUAUGGUUAUAGAAUGGUUACGGCCGAUAUGAAAGAUCGUAUCAUGUUGGUAACUGGUGCAAGAGUAAAGAUUGGAUAUAUUGCAUGUCUUAAAUUACUGCGUGCUGGUGCAACUGUUUUGGCAACUAGUAGAUUCUCCAAAGACACUGUUAUUCGUUACUCUAUGGAAAAGGAUUUCAAUGAUUGGAAAGAUAGACUACAUGUAUAUUCAUUGGAUUUACGUGACUUACGUGCUACCGAAGCAUUUUGUCAAUUCCUUAAAUCAAAUUAUCCCUAUCUAUCUGGUAUCAUUAAUAAUGCUGCUCAAACCAUUUCAAGACCUUCACUAUUCUAUAAAAUUCCAAUUGAAUUGGAACUUGAACCAAUCAAUCAUCUACCAAAAGAUAUUCAAUCAAUUUUAGAUGGAAAUGUAAAAAAAGAAUUAUUAUUUAAAAAUCAAGGAAUUAAUACAAAUUAUUAUAACCUAAAUAAUAAUAAUAAUAUUGGAUUUAGAAAUCAAUUACAAUUAACAAGCGAUCAAAUUGAUAAUACAACUAUGGUUAAUGUGAAAAAUGAUGAUUUAAUUGUAUUUGAAGAAAUGGAUGGAGAUGCACAACCAGAAGAUAAAAGAUCAGUCAAUUCUUGGAUACAAAAAUUGGAUCAAGUACCAACGAUUGACAUGUUGGAAGCACAUGCAGUAUCUUCAUUCUCACCAUUUAUCCUAAAUUCUCUACUUGCACCAAUGUUGAAAAAGGGUGUACAGAAAUUAAAGUCGGCCCAUAUCAUCAAUGUAUCGGCCAUGGAGGGCAAAUUUACAAGAUUCUAUAAAUCGAGUAAUCAUCCACAUACCAAUAUGGCAAAGGCAUCAAUGAAUAUGAUGACUCGUACUGCUGCUCUUGGAUACGCAAAUUCUGGUAUCUAUUUAAAUUCUGUUGAUACUGGUUGGAUUACAAAUGAAAAUCCAUAUGAUAUAAAGAUUAAACAAUUUACAAAUGGAGUAGAAUUCCAACCACCAUUGGAUGAAAUUGAUGGAGCUGCUAGAGUUUUGGCUCCAAUAUUUGAUGGUAUCAAUAAUAAUAAUCAUGAAUUUGGUUUAUUCUUUAAGGAUUAUAAGCCUACUUCAUGGUAA